CACCAUGUCACAGGUGACGGUGACGGUGCUGGUGCCGGUUCUGCCGGCACAGCCAACCCUCGCCGGUCUCCAGAAUAGUUUCUCCAUAACACUUCAGCGUGAGGCUGUCCGUCCCAGGAAGCAAUGGACCCGUCAGGCAUUCCUUGCUGCAGAUAGCAUCGACCAGGCACUCGUCCCAGCUCACCCUCUUGCACGGCCACUCACCGCUCUUGGCGCCUAACCUCAACCACAUCACCGCGCUUCUUCGCGCCGCCAGGCUCGCGGACCGGACCAGGCUUCAACAAUGCCCUUCAUUCCAAACACACCAGAAUCGCUGCUCGGUCGGUCAGACUCCAAGAACCCAGAGACCACAUGCCGCGGCAUCACAGGAAGCGGCCGGCCAUGUCGGAGGCCCCUCGCGUCUUCCACAGCCUCGUCACCAGCCGUUUCGCCAGGCCAUGGCAGAGGCAAAGGGCGGCCGUCGCAGCUGCGUGUCGACGAUCCCAGCAACCCGGAUCUCUACUGCUGGCAGCAUCGUGACCAGGCAAGCUCGUCCGCAAAAUCCAGCCCGGGACCGAGGUUGUCUCAGACACCGAUCCUGGAGAGCAGAGCCAGCCUAGACACGCUCAUGGACCGUCUCGGCAUCGUGGAGGCCCAGCAGAAGCAGAACAAGAAGGCCAAGGGCAGGAGGCCAGACGGUACUCCUACCAGGCCACAGGCCACAUCGACGGCCGGAACACCAGUAAUGGGCUACGGCGCCAGCAGUCCCAGUGCCAGACCACCGCCACCAUCACGAAAGACGAAAAAGAAGCAGUCGACCUUCUGCUGCUGCUUCUCGUUCCCGGUCUUCGAGGAGGAACCCCCAGUUCGGCCCAAACCGAUUCCACUCCAAUCGGCACCUGCCAAGCUGCCCGCAGGUCGUCGGACUUCUGGGCAGCACCUCGCACCACCUUCCGGGCGCCCUAGCAUGGCCUCCUCUUCAAGACGGAGAUCGUCAGCUCAGUCGGCAAUGUCCCAGACCUCGCAGUAUCUCUCCUUGAUCCCGCCGUCGGCCACGCCGCAGACGGCAUCGCAGCUGAUGGCCGAGCUCGCGAAGCCCGUGUCGCAGCAGGACGAGGCAGGCUACAUCUACAUCUUCUGGCUGACCCCGGAAUCGCAGCCCUCGACGCCGCCCGCCGAGGCGGCCAAGUCGCUGCUGAGCCCGCCGGCGACGCGCGAGGCCGGGAAGCGGAGGGCGAGCGACGUGCUCGACGCCUUUGCCGCCAACGCGAGCAAGGGGUAUUCUGCCGCUGCUGCCGCAAAGGGGGGCGGCAGCAACAACAACAAAAACAAGACGAUCCUGCUCAAGAUCGGCCGGGCGUCAAACGUGCAGCGCCGGCUGAACGAGUGGACCAGGCAGUGCGGCUACAACCUCUCCCUUAUCCGCUACUACCCGUACAUACCGACCAACCGGCCCUCCACGCCGCGCAAGGUCCCGCACAGCCACAAGGUCGAGCGCCUGGUGCACAUCGAGCUUGCGGGGGCCGGGUUGCGCGUGGGCGACCGCGAGAACUGCGACGCGUGCGGCAAGGCGCAUCGCGAGUGGUUCGAGGUCGAGGCCUCGCGGCAGAGUAUCAUGACGGUGGACGAGAAUGUGCGGCGGUGGGCGGACUGGGAUGAGAUGAAUGAGUAGCGCGUAGGGUGUGUGUGUGUGUGUGUGUGUGUGUGUGUUGCGCGUGUGUAUCGCAUUCCUCCACCCACCAAGGGCAACCCGGGGCUGGUUACGUUUGGGACUUCUGAUGGUUGCGCCCUGUUUUGACGAUGAAGAACGACGAUCAAAUGACUUGAUGAAUAUCACGACUGAUUUUCUGCAUGUGUCCUAAGAGCGUGGUUAGAGUUGCUCAGUACAAAGCGCAUAUUUUAGCAGGAAAUAAAAGCAACAUACGUC